AUGGGGGGUCUUUUCCCCUUUCGACGAGUUAUCUUGUCUGUUGCGCGCACGCAACGCCUUCGCCUACCACGAGACGAUGUGAUGACGUGGCGGAUUUUCACCCCUUUACGCGGGCGUUGCGAGGGCCCUGCUGCCUUCUCUCCCACUUCUCUUCUCCCCCGUCAGGUGUGGCCUCCUUCGACGUCGAAUUUCGCGCGUUUCGCCGGCGUCGCCCCCCCACGGCCGCGUGAGAUUCACUCCCACCUUUCCUCGCCGCUGAAUGGGGAGGGUGCAGAAGGGGAGGGCGAAGGAAAAGAGGGGGGGCGAAAACCUCCGAAAGGCGGCCUCCCUGUCGCUCGCUACCACGCCGCACGGAUCGCCCUCGGGCUGCCCUCCUCUUCCCAGGGAGCGGACCUCUCCCGGCGGGGGCUGAUCGACAGCCCUGAAGCCUUUUCCCUCGCCAACAGCCGCCCUCCUUCCGCCGUUUCCACUUCUCUUUCCACUUCUUCGCUUUCCAGUCGACUCUCUUCGGUUAGGGGGGUGGAGGACGCGUUGGCGGCGCCGUUGCCGCGCGCGUUGGUGGUGAUUCGUCCGCGCACGAAAGGGGCGUUUUAUUUCCGUCAGACGACGGCAAAAGGGCCCUGCGGAGGUGUGGAGGAGGACCUCCCCCUCUCCUUCGCGCAGGGAACGACGGAGUAUCGAUGGGGGCGGCUGACAGAGGACGAGGAGGCGGGGUGGGCGCCGGUGGUUUCGGGCAGUGAACCUCCUUUUGGGCGUAUUUGCCGCACCGGGAUGCCCAAGGGCUUCCCCGAUACCACCGCCGCGGGAUUUCAGAGUUUUUUCUGUCUUUCUCAGGCGAGCAGCUUCAUUUCGAACUUUGGCGCCUCGCUGGGGUUUCAAUCCCUGCUUAACGGGUUCUUUCUGGGCAGUUCGCCGCAGCUGUGGAUUCUGAAAGAUCUCGGCCCUGCCCUGAUGGCGGCCUACCUCGCGAAUCGUGUGGUGAACUAUGAGAACCGCCCGAAGUUUUGGUUCUCGAUUAGUGUUUUUUUUAGCAACACGACGGUGAUCUUGGAGAUGAUGAUCCCAUCCCUCGUGCCGAAGCAACUUCUCCUCGCCGCGAUCAUCACUUCUACUGUGAAACAGUCUGCCUCGUUGAUGUACUCGGUCUCUCGCGCGGCCGCGUUGCAGCACUUCGCCACCCAUAAUAACUUAUCGGAGCUGACUAGAAAAUUCAACUCCGUAGGGAUGGUCACGUACACGAUCGCAACGGCGCUAGGGAUCGUCUUCUGCACCUACAUCCCCAGCUUUACGAUCCAGCUCACGGCGGUGGUGGUGUGCUGCGUGCUUAACAUGGUGCUCGCCCCGAUGAUCAUGGGCCCGAUUGUGUUUCGGAUCGUCAACUUUAAUACAAUUCAGCUCAUCAUGCACGCUUACAUUACGGAAGGGAAAAUUGUAACACCCGAUUGGGUAUCUGAAAAUCUUGGUAUCAUCAUGGAGCCGAGGCUACCGAAAAAACCGUACGAGCGCCCCUCCCUUAUUUAUAUCAGCCCCCCGAUCAACAAGCUCAUUAUUCGCUCCGAAACCCUUGAGGAGGAUGUUUUGUACGUUGAUCGGAAUGGAAUGUUCAUGCUCGCGUUGUGGGAGCCGACCAAUGCGCCCUUGACGAUUAGAGAAUGCUGGCAUCGCUGGGAGAUGCCGUCUUUUUUUCAGAUCCUACGGUAUCGGUUGUUGCCACGAUGGCUGCAGUUCCGGUGGGGGAGGCGGCGUACGGAUGCCGUCUUUGGCGGAAAGCGCCUGGUGCUUUUAGUUCAUAACAAAUGCCCCCCGCGAGAUCUCAUCACUGCGUACCUCAUUCUAUACACGGCGGUGUUAAUGCACGCGACGACGGAGCUGGAAUUGCGCAGUUUUAUUAAGUCUUGCCAUGCGGAGCAGAAGAAAUGGCGAGAUGAGGCUUCCCACCUGCGCGAAAACAUGCGACUUGUGAACUGGGAUGUGGACCUUCCGGCGCUAGAUCACCUGAACUUCCGUCUUUCAGAGAUGAUCGCCCCCCUGUCGAUGCGCGAGGGGGAUUCCGUUUCGUAA